UUCUCUGUUGGUUUAACGGGGGAACUUGACACUUGAGUCUGGUUGUGGUCAUUUAUCUUCCUGGCAAUCUGACCCACAGAGGGGUCUUCACUUUUCAAUGUAUUUCUUUACUCAGCCACUUAUUAUGUUGUGCUCCGGUGAAACCAGCCCAGCCUGCGGAUAGAGAGUUCCUGGAGGAGGGGGGGGGGGUGUAGCGGAGGGAGCUGGCAGCCGACGGUCCCGGGGCAGGUCCUGCCGCUGCGCCGCCAACAGUCCGGAGGCUGAGGUUUGGUUCGUGCGCACAUUUCUGGGAAAAGCUCCAGAGCUCCGUCCUGCCAGAGGAGAACCUGAGAGGAGGCACAGGCUCACGCAGGUUUCCAGCGGGACUCAAGACUCAUAUUUCACGCGUUUUGUCGGAGGUUUCCUCUCGACCCGCACUUUGUUGGGGAUCUCACACCCUGACAGAGGACUCUCUGGAUGAGUUCACUUCGUGCACUGUGAAAACGUGUAUUUUGGAGAUGUGACGUGUUCGAGAAGUUGAGGAGCUACUUCACUUUUGGAAGCUCGUGUUUCAGAGAUGAUCCUCACUCUCCCUGGAUUACUCUUGGAAACGGAAGUGUCGCUGAAACGAAGUUGUGGAUAUAACUUUACGCACAGCAAACUUUUCUCUUUCUCUCCGCGUCUGUGACCCAAAGAUCAGCCAGUGAAGUGGGUUCCUCCAGCAGAAGCUAUGAUCUGAACCAGAUCCCUGUCACUUCCAUCUAUUAUGUGUUUGUCUUCAUCUGGAAUUCAUUGAUUGACAACCUCAGAUGCGCUAAAGACGAGUCAGGAUCACGGCUCCACCGCUGGAUCUUCGUCUUUCCCUCAGUGAGUGUUCAGCCGACUUUAUCUGACACCUCGCCAGAAUGAGGGCUUUUGUUCUCUGUGUAGUUCUCAUGUCGUUGCUGACCUGGACAGGAGAAGCCAACAAACAGACUCGUCGCAGGCGGGUGCAGUUGCACCGACGCGUUGGAAUGGCACAUGCCCAGGGGGACGCAGAGGACCAGGAGCGCCUCGUCAGACGUGUGCGCCCUGGGUUUGCCUCGGCCAUCUCGGUGCACAGCCCCAAAGAGGAAGACGAUGUUCAGGCUGAUGAGGGUGUUCCUGUUUCCACCAGGACGAGGACUGUGCAGGGCAGGAGAGCAGGGGGCCAGGGGCUGGUGCCAAGGAGACGGGUGGCCCAGCUGACUGGAUCCCCCAGUGCGCCGGACGUGCAGAAAGAUGAGGGCACUCCAGGGCCCAGAGCCAGGGUGAGCCGGAUGCCCAGCAGCGCCGGGUCACCAAACCUUCUGGCCAGCUUUGCAGGGAAGAACCGUGUGUUGGUGAUUUCUGCACCUCAUGAUUCAGACGGUUACUACCGCCUGAUGAUGUCUCUCCUGAAACCAGACGUGUACUGCGAGCUGGCCGAGCGACACGUCCAGCAGGUCGUCAUAUUUCACCAGGAGGGGGAGAUGGGAGGCAAGGUGAGGAGGAUCACCACAGAGGGGAAGGUGAUGGAGGAGCCGCUGGACACUGCUCUGAUCCCCAGACUCAUGAGCGUCCUCAAACUGGAGAAAGGUAAGUUUGGGAUGGUGCUGCUGAAGAAGACUCUGCAGGUGCAGGAGAGGUACCCCUACCCUGUGAGGCUGGAGGCCAUGUACGAGGUGAUCGACCAGUCGCCCAUGAGGAGGCUGGAGAAGCUGCGGCAGAAGGGCUUCGUCCAGAAGUGCAGAGGAGCUGGUGUGGAGGGUCAAGUGGAGGAGGGCACGCUCACAGCAGUAGACACACCUGUAGAAAGAAAACCAGGGAAGAAGAUCCUACGGAAACCCACACAGGCAACAACAACCACAACAACCACAACAACCACAACUGCUCCACCCACCACAACAACACGACCAACCACCACAACUACCACUACAACCCGGCCCACCACCACCACAACCAGAGCGACAACAACAACCACCAAAGCCACCACUACCAGAAGAACCACCACGACAAAGAGACCAACCACCACCACCACCACCCAGAGGCCAACCAGAGCUCCCACCACAGCCCCGUGGCUCCCAGCCCCCAGAACCACGGCUGACCCUUACUACGACCCCCGCCGAGAGAAAACCACUCCGGCCGGAGAUAACCGCACCGACAAGGACAACAGAGAUCCACAUGGCCGCAGGCUCGUACCUGCUACAGACAAACCCUCCAAGAUCAGACCCACCAAGAAGAAGACUGGAGCAGAGAAGGUGUUGACCAAUGAGUACGAGGACCGGUAUGUUCCCGUCAACCCCACCGUGGUCGAUCUCGAGGAGACCGAAUCCUUCACCAACAUCAGCCCAACGAAGAAGGUCAAGGGCAAACACAAUAAGCACGACAAGAAGAAGAAGAAGACCGACAAGGCGUUGAAGAAAGCCGAGAGGAGAGGAAAGGCAUCGAAGGAGGGGAAGAUCGGGGGAAAGAAAAAUGGGAAGAAGCAAGUGAAAUACCCCGAGACAGACGACUACCCAAAACCAACGAAGAAGCCGUCGCCACCUCCGAAAGGAUCCCUGGCCUACUUCCUGGACUACUUUGAGAACAGGAGGCGGCUGCUG